ACAAGUUUGAAGUUAGAUUAAUCUAGUCAAACUAGAGAUUUCACAAACCUGAAUUAGCCGGAGUAGACAUAACGGGAGCCAAAAGAAAAAUUUAGUCAACUCUAUGUCAAAAUUGAGCUAUUACGCUUACUACUUUGUACGACAGCGGAGAAAGUCGGGAAAAGAGAACACCUCUACAUAUACAGAGAGGGAAUGGUGACAAUUGCGAGACAAUGAACUCACAGCGGCAUUUCGUCAAACAUUUGGUACACGGGACGAAAAACCGCCCUUUGCUCUCCAUUGCUAUCUCACUACAGCUCAGAAUAUGCCUCCCGUUCUCUUCAUCGGCAACGCCCACCCCUACACCAUUCCUAAAUGAUCGAAAGAAAAGCCUCUACACCUCGUUUUUCUGCACACUUGUCCAUCUCUUCCUCCGCUGCCACCGCCUUUCAAGAGCCACGGAAGCUUUCUCUUCGAUGAGAAAUUACAAUCUUGUCCCUGAACUUCCUUCUUGGAACAGUCUCUUGCACCAUUUCAAUUCUACCGGUCUGGUUCAUCAGGUGAUGGUCCUUUAUUCUGAUAUGCUCUCCUGUGGAGUGGCUCCCAAUGUAGUCACUCGCAAUAUAGUCAUACAUUCGCUUUGCAAAAUUGGAAACCUUGAAAAAGCGCUUGAAUUACUCAUAGAGAAUGAAAGUGACACCGUCACUUAUAACACUUUGAUAUGGGGGUUCUGCAGAAUCGGUUUUGUGGAAAUGGGUUUUGGAUUGGUGUCUGAUAUGGUAAAGAAAGGUAUUUUAAUUGACACUAUCACUUGUAAUAUAUUAAUUAAGGGGUUUUGUGAUAAGGGUCUUUUGCAUAAUGCUGAAUUAGUGAUGGAAAUGUUGAGUGAUAAAAAUAGGGGUGUCUGUAAAGAUGUUGUCGGUUUUAAUACUCUAAUUCAUGGAUAUUGUAAGGCUGUUGAGAUGAGUAGUGGUUUUGAGGUGAUGGAGAGGAUGAAAAAAGAAGGUUUAUCACCGGAUAUUGUGACAUAUAAUACUCUGAUUGAUGGUUUCGGCACAAUGCGAGAUUUUGAUGCAACAGAAAAAUGUAUCAUGGAUGAACUCUUGGACUCGGGUGGAAGUAAUUAUGUUAGUUAUGUUGAUCAUGAAGAAAAACAUGAUUAUGAUGGUGAAAAUAAGGGCUUGGUAGUUGGAGACUUGGGUUUAGAACCAAAUGCUAUUACAUAUACCACAUUGAUUAGUAAAUAUGUUAAGUGGUUUCAAUUUGAGAAAGCAUUUGCUACAUAUGAAGAAAUGACAAGGCAUGGCUUCUUCCUUGACAUUGUUACUUAUAAUUCCCUUAUAUAUGGUCUUUGUAAAUGUGGGCGGUUGCACGAGGCCAAGUUACUUCUUGACGAGAUGAGAAGAGUGGGUGUGGAUCCUAAUCACAUGACAUACUCUAUUUUUAUUGAUCACAUGUACAAAAAUAGGUCUGACAAAGUUGCUGCUAACUUUCAAAGUCAAAUAGUGAUUAGAGGAUUGCCUUUCGAUGUUGUCUUGUUUACCUCUUUGAUGGAUGGGCUUUUUAGAGUUGGAAAAGCCAAGGAGGCAAAGGGCAUGAUUCAGACACUCUUGAAGUUUAACAUAACUCCAAAUCAUAUUACCUAUACUGCAUUAAUUGAUGGGCACUGCAAAUCUGGUGACUUAAAGAGUGCAGAACUGUUACUGCAACAAAUGGAACAGAAACGUGUUUUACCAAAUGUUGUCACAUUUUCUUCUGUAAUUAAUGCUUAUGCCAAAAGUGGAAUGAUUGAUGCAGCCAUGGAAAUAAUGAGGAUAAUGGUAAGCAGAAAUGUAACCCCUAAUGUUUUCACAUAUAAUGCCCUCAUUGAUGGCUGCUUUAAGCUUGAUAAACAUGAUAUGGCUCUUUCCCUGUAUGAGGAAAUGCAGUUGAAUGGUGUUGAGGAAAAUGAAUUCUUGUUGGAUACAUUUGUAAAUAAUUUGAAAAAACAGGGUAAAAUGGAUGAAGCAGAGGGAUUUUUUAUGGAUAUGGUAUCGAAGGGUUUGUCACCUGAUCAUGUUAAUUACACAUCAUUGAUGGAUGGACUCUUUAAAACAGGGAAGGAGUCUGCUGCUCUUCAAUUGGUCCAAGAGAUGAAAGAGAAAAAAAUAUCCUUUGAUACAAUUGCGUGCAAUGUACUGCUUAAUGGAUUAUUGGGAAUUGGCCAGUAUGAGGUACAGUCUGUUUAUAAUGAAAUUACAAAAUUUGGUCUAGUUCCAGAUAUUCAGACUUUCAAUUCUAUGAUUAAUGCUUACUGCAAAGAGGGGAAGCUGGAAAGUGCUGUCAAACUUUGGGGUGAAAUGAAGAGCUGCGAGAUUAUUCCUAAUUCAAUCACGUGUAAUACAUUGGUGAAAGGACUUUGUGAAGUAGGUGAUAUUGGAAAAGCAAUGGAUUUGUUGAGUGAAAUGGUAACAAUUGGUUUUCAACCUUCACCAACUAUUCACAAAAUUGUUCUUGAUGCUGCCUCAGGCCAUAGAAAGGCGGAUAUAAUCCUGAGAAUGCAUGAGAGGCUUGUCAGCAUGGGACUUAAGGUUGAUCAGGCAAUUUAUAACACUCUUAUUGAUGUUUUAUGCAGGCUAGGGAUGACCAGAAAGGCAAUGUCAGUACUAGAAAUCAUGAGAGAAAGAGGAUUUUCAGCUGACACUACCACUUAUAAUGCCUUCAUUCGUGGAUAUUGCAAAAGUUACCAAUUUCAAAAAGUUUUUGCAACAUAUUCUGAGAUGUUGGCUAAAGGAGUUCCUCCUAAUGUUGCUAAACACUAUAUUAGCAUCUCUGUCAGCUGUUGGACAGAUGAAUGAAGCAACUGAAUUGCUGAAUGAAAUGAAGGGGAGGGGCUUUGUCCCUAAUGCUAAUACAUAUGACAUUUUGGUCUCUGGCCACGGGAAAAUUGGAAAUAAAAAGGAAUCCAUCAAACUUUAUUGUGAGAUGAUUACAAAAGGUUUUGUUCCUCGCACUAGUACCUUUAAUGUACUCAUCUUUGACUUUGCAAAGGUGGGAAAGAUGAGACAGGCUCAGGAACUAAUGCAUGAGAUGCAAGUCAGAGGGGUUAUACCAAAUUCUUCAACAUAUGACAUACUAAUAGUUGGAUGGUGCAAGCUAUCAAAAAGUGUGGAGCUUGAAAGGUCAUUAAAACUGUCAUGCCGGGGUGAGGUAAGGAAAUUACUUGAAGAGAUGAAAGAUAAAGGUUUCACUCCAAAAGAAACCACCCUUUGCUAUAUCAGUCCUGCCUUUUCGAAAUCAGGAGAAAACAAUGACACAGAAUGGUGGUUGAGCAGAUGGCACAAGACGAAGCAGAGUUGAUCCCUUGAAAAUCAAGAUGUUUCUCAAGGAUAGAAUUUCUUUAUUUUUUGGUUUCUCUCUCCUGAGUUGAAACAUAAGGUUAAGUGAUGUGGAUGAGAAAAGCGAGCUGAUCUGAAGAGACAAAGCAAAGGACCUGGAGAAAGAAAAAUGAGAAAUCAGGACAACUGUAUAUGCUUUUCAAGAAUUUUUAACCAACAUGAUGAGCUUGAAGCAAAGUUUCUCGAGAAGGCUGCACUUGAAGCUAAAUACCAGAAGCUGUAUGAACCGUUGAAUACAGAGGUGAGAAGAAGAAUUUUUUUAGUUGUUUGUUCCAUGUCUGCUUGUUGGAGUUGAAACUAGCUCUUUUCCUUCCAAAAAGACAAAAAGAAAUAUGGUUUGGCUGUCCUUUCAUGUUUUAUGAUUUUGUGGAUGUGUUGCACAGAUAUGAAAUAGUAAAUGGAGUUGUCAAAGUGUAGGGUCUUAAUGAAGCUCCCAUGAACAACCAGGUGGGAAUAGAAAGACUGAAAAUGAUUAAAUUUAGUUAUUGUAUAGUUUCUUUCAUCCAUGCAGAUUGAUCGAUAGGCUUUGAUUUUGUCAUUAGUGCGAAAAUUUAGUGCGGAGAAAGGUGUUCUCAACUUCUGGCUGACUGCAAUAAAGAAUAAUGAGAUAUUAGCAGAGUAGGUAAAUAACAAUUCAUGUAAAUAUUUUGUCAUUCAAAAUACCUAUCAUUUAACUGAGUGCAAAUGACUUUGCUUUAGAUCUUACAGUGUGACGAAGAAGCUUUGAAUUGCCUCAAGAUAUCAAGUGGUGCAGUAUUGAUGAUCGAAAGGGUUUUAAGCUUCACAUCCUCUUGAUACAAAACCUUUUCUCGAGAAUUCUGUCUUGACUAAAACCUAUCACAUGAUUGAUGAUGAUGAUGAGUAUAUAUUGAAGAAGGCCAUAGGGUAGGUUUUAACUUCUCGUUGUUUUGAUUUUGUAUCAUGUGAUCCUUUCUUGUUUGUUCAUUGGAUUGGGGAAUCUUGGAGGACCGAAUGGUAUCCACAUAAAGGCUUGAAACACGAGAUCCUGAAAAGGAAGCCAAAGGGGUCAAAAAGUGAUAAACCCAUAAUAAGGACUGAUACCUUCAAAAGCUUUUCCAAUAUCUUUAAUCUGCCACAAGUAGCUGAAGAUGAGGAUGACAACGAUGAAAAUGGUUGUAGGUUCAACAAUUUUGAUUUUGUUCAUUUACUCUGUAUGCGAUGCAGAAUGUUCUUGACCUGAUUUCAUGAGUGUGUCAAAUGUGUCUUGACAGGGCCUGAAGAUGACAUUGGAGAAAUUGCUGGUUUCUUAUUAGCUUUGGAUUUCCUUUUCAGUCCACAUGUCAUUCAAUCUGUCAACAACUUCUACGUGUUCGAUGAGUUAUAUGGUGCCAUCCAGUGGCGAAGACAGUAAUUUCCCCAAGGGUGUUCAAAAUUGAAAGAAAUAAAAAAAAUUCCCCAACAAAUGGUGUUCAAUAUAUAUUAUAUACCUCUAAAAUCUAAUAUUUUACCUAUAUACAUAGUUUAAUUUUUCAACGACCAAUUGACCACCCUUAAUACAAUGUAGCUUCGCCCAUAGUGCCAUCAUUAGGAAGGAGUUAAGAUUGGAGUGAAUUUGAUAUUUCCAUUUGGCCCUCCAAUUUUGCAACUCAACAAUUGUGGCCAAAAUCAUCCCCCGUGUUAGUGUCAUGGUUUAUGGUGAGGCUCUUGCAGGGGAUGAAUUUGAAGAUAUUGAAGAAGAUGAUGACCAUUAUGAGGAUGAAGAAGGGGAGAAGAGCAAAAAAUAUGUGCUAUUAGUUCGGCAUGUUUCUACAGAUGUUCGAAAUUUUCGAAUUUUGCCUUAUUAGUUUUCUAUUUUUGAAGAUGCUGAUAGUUUUUUGGGUCUGUCCAUAUGAUGUUCUUCAGUUGUCCUUUUAGUCAUCAGCACCAAAGGUGAGAUGAAUGGCUUUGGUGGCAUUUUUCUUAGGUGAUGCCGUAAAUUGCCUUUCAUUUUCUUUAGUACGUGACAUAUUUAUUCAACAAAAUUGUAGAAGAGUGCCAUACCACGAGUUAGAGAAGGUCAGCAUGGAGAACGUCUUCCAGAGGUGAAAGCAACAGUAGUUUGUCUUUUGCCCAUGACAGCUGAUGAAAAAAAUUGAAUUAUGGUAUGCGCUACUUACCUUAAAGGUGCAUUUUAUUCCUAAGAAAGUUGCAAUAUAUGACACUCAUUUUUGUUUCUUAA